UUUUUCGCUUGACCUCGGAUUGUCACCUCACCACUUCGCCGUGACCCUCUCUGGCCACCCUCACGUGUUUUUGUUCGACUACUAACCCAAAGAAGGACCAGGAAUCCCCACCGCCGCCAUGAACUUCCUCCGACGCCGCCUCUCCGACAGCAGCUUCAUGUCCAACCUGCCCAAUGGCUACAUGUCGGACCUCCAGAGGCCAGACCCGCCUGCGCCCCCUCCCGCGACCGCCUCGUCCCCGUCCCAGCAAGGUCCCGCCGGUUCCCAGGCUGUUCCUCUCCAGUCUCCCACUCAAGCCCCGGCGCCGUCCCAGGCACCCAUCAGCUCCCUGGCUCCUCAGGAGCGCCGCCCAUCCCAACAGGCUCAACAGCAACCUCAACAGGCCCAGUCAUCCACCUCGACCGCUUCCUCCUCUGGUGGUUCCUCUGGGUUCUUCAGCUCCUUCAGUUCCAUCACCAACGUGGUCAAGCAGACGGCGGCAUCUGCUGCUGGCUUUGUGGAGCAGUCAGCUCCCUCUCCCUCCAUUUCCAAGAAGUUUAAGAUCCUCCUGGUCAUUGAUGAACCGCAACAUGAGUGGGCCAAAGUGUUUCGAGGGAAGAAGGUUUUCGGAGAGUACGACGUUAAAGUGGAGCAGGCCGAGUUCUCGGACAUCAACCUCAUCUCACAUUCAAAUGGAACUUGCACUGUGGACAUGCAGGUUAUCAGAGGUGGUGCAAAAGCGGCCAGGUCCUUUAGGCCAGACUUCGUCUUGGUGCGCCAACACGCGUUUAGCAUGGCCCAGAACGAAGACUUUCGCAACCUGAUCAUCGGUCUGCAAUAUGCCGGCAUCCCCUCUGUCAACUCGCUCGACUCCAUCUACAACCUCUGCGACAAACCCUGGGCUUUUUCCCAGCUGAUCAACAAUCAAAAGAGGCUGGGUGCUGACAAAUUCCCCGUUAUCGAUCAGACUUUCUACCCCAACUACAAGGACAUGAUUACAACACCAAGUUUCCCUGUCGUGGUGAAGAUCGGACACGCCCACUCCGGAAUGGGAAAGGUCAAAGUGGACAAUGUGAGCGACUUCCAGGAUAUCGCCAGCGUGGUGGCCAUCACUCAAACUUAUUGCACGACGGAGCCGUUCAUCGACGCCAAGUAUGAUAUCAGAGUCCAGAAAAUCGGCGCCGACUAUAAGGCGUACAUGCGAACAUCCAUCUCUGGUAAUUGGAAGAGCAACACAGGCUCGGCCAUGUUGGAGCAAGUGGCCAUGACAGACAAGUAUAAGCUGUGGGUCGAUACCUGCUCCGAGAUAUUUGGCGGCCUGGACAUCUGCGCCGUCAAAGCCAUAUGCGGCAAAGACGGCAACGACUACAUCACCGAGGUGGUGGGCUCAUCUAUGCAGCUGGUCGGCGAUCACCAGGGAGAGGAUCGCCAACUCAUAUCCGAGGUGGUGCUGGCUAAGAUGGCCCAGACCCUCGCUGCCAAGACAUCCGCUGCUUCCCGUUCGCCCGCCCGCUCCCCUCAAGGCCAAAAGACGACUGCCGCCGCAGCAGCAGUGCCUCUGCAGGGUGGUGGCAUUAAAGACGGAGCGCCAGAUGCAAGCAGAACCACAGGCCAGCGUCCACAACCUCAAGGUGCAUCAGUCAAAGCACCGAGUGCAGAGCCACCAUCAGACACACUUAAGAGAUCUUCCGAGCCUCCAUCAAAGCCCAGCCAAGCCCAGAAAGGUUCUCUAGGUCAAGCCCAGAAACCGGCACAGGCUCAGAAGCCAAGCCCGGUCCAAAAAUCUGCUUCGGUCACAAAGCCUCCAGUGCAGAGGCCUCCCCCCAUGACAAGAGCGCCGUCCGUCACAAAACCUACUCCAGAUUCCGCUUCUUCCAGCGUCGCCCCGGCCAAAGCUUCUUCGUCCUCCCCUGCUAAGUCAGCAGGUCCGGGCUCCCCCGUGGCCUUGGCCGCCGCCUCUCCUCCAGUGUCAGCUCCCACCACGGAGCAGCCCAAGCCCCAGCCCCCGGGCUCCCCGGCCCAAGCUCCGGGAAAGCCGAAGGAUCUGCCACCCAAACCCGCCCCGCCGGCCAAGCCCAUCCCUCCUGUCCGCAGGAACUCCAAACCGCAGCUGCAGCCAAAGCCCCAAACGCCGCCUCCUCCCAGAGCCUCACCCAAACCUCAGUCCGCCCCGCAAAACCCAGAGCCCGCCGAGACCUCGGAUGCCACCCCGUCACCCGGCACAGCGCAGGUCCAGUCGCCGGCCAAAGCCAGCCAGUCGCCGCCAAAUGUCCAGUCUCCGGCCAAGGCUCAGCCCCAGGCCAAGCCCCCCUCUCCGUCCCAGAACCCUGAGCCCAAAACUGCCACUGACCCUGCUGAGCCCCUGGAGGACCAGCCAAAAACACACCCUCUGCUCAAUAAGUCCCAGUCACUGACCAAUGCCUUCAACGCCUUCAGCGACUCGUCCUUCUUCCGCGGCGUGUCCGGGUCCGGAGGAGGGGGCGACGGCCAAGACGAGGCCAAGGCCGAGACCAUUCGGAACAUCCGGAAGUCCUUCGCCAGCCUUUUCUCUGACUAGAACACCAACUUCCGCCAACCUCCCGCUCCCCGCUGCGCCCCCCCCCCCACUCUUCAUUGGCCAACGGUGACUUGAUGGACAUUUCAAUGUGACGCAGUCUGAGACGUUUGUGUUUUUCAAUUUUAAGCGUGCCGUACUCCCUCUGUCCGUCCAUCCCGCGUGUCAACUGGUCUGUGCGAGUGAAACAGUGACGCCCCCCCCCGGUUCGGAAGUUCCGUGCAUGUAGCUGUGCCAGAAUAGGUGGAAUGAUGAGUUAUGAGUUAUGUCACUGAUAUACCCUAGAGUAGCAUAACAUAGUAUACGGCAGAAUACAGUAUAUUUAUUUUCCCAAAGCACAUUAAAGAAACAGAAUUAUAUGAAAGUAUAAUUAUAAACACAGACAGAUUGUACAUAGAGUACGUAUGCAGUACACAUAUAUCGUUCGAGAGAGACAAAACUAUAAAGCCCCUAUCUUUUAUCCGUGACAUAACUUGCUCAUGAAGUGGCUGGAUUUAUACGCAUUUUAACUUAUGAUAAUAAUAUAUUUGAUGGUUUCCCUUCGUGAUUUUCGCAGUAAAUCCAUUUUUCGGGCCGUCAAGUGAAACUCGUGUGUAAUUUAAAAAAAGAAAAACUGAAGAAAAAAAUAAUGAUGUGCUCCUGUGUAAAUCCAGCCUUGGUGUCUCCCCUGCCGACCUCCUCUCAACGUGAGGGCGUUAGCGUUUUUUCGUGUGUUUGUGCGCGUCUGCGUGCGUGCGCGCGUCUGCAUGGCUCCUCCGAGAGGCUCUGCGAUGACCUUUGGAGUUGCUCUCAGGAGCUCUAUCAGUGUUGGCUUUUGCCUUCUGUUGCCUCCUGUCUCCCUCUUUCUCUAGAUGUUGUAGCCUUAUCGUGUUUUCAAGUCACGGCUUUGUUCGUUAGACCUGAGUCCACUUGAAAUUCAUUCAUCGGUUAAUCACGUGAAGGGGCGAGACCGGAGCUUCCAAUUCACCUUCAAGUCACACAAUGCAGACGGGCCAAUCAAUUCAUAGAUACUUUUUCAAAACACGUUACAUUCUCCGAUGUAUUUUUCAUCUGAACACAUGUAUUCGUUAAGGUUUUGUUGUGUUUUCAGAACCCCCAAAAAGCCCGGAUAAAUACAGAAUCUGGAUAAAGCGAUGUGGCCCUUGACAUACUCGUGUGAUUUAUUCCUGUCUGCUUCAAGGCAUACUAUGUACCGUAAUUCCCGGCCUACAGAGCGCACCCAGUACAUUUGUAAAGGAAAUACCAUUUGGUACGUACAUACACCGCAGCUGUGUAAAAAUCGCAAGUGCCCACAUUAAAACCCACAUCAAACACGAGAUAUUUACAAAGAAAGACGGUACACAGAAUUUAACGCUACCGCCGCCGCGCUAACACUAGCGCCACGCUAGUGCCAUGCUGACGCUAGCGCUGCGCUAACAGAAAAACAUACAUGUAAAAAUCACCGAGACACGGCAGUAACACGCUACAACUGUACUUGUUUGUAUAUGUUAAAAGAAAAACUAUGGCGCUGCCAACUUUAGCCAGCGAACCUAAUGAGCCUAUCAUUUCAAAAUAACGCAAAUUCAUCUGGGUAAAGUAACGUCGGCAGUCUAAGUGAAGGUGAAUCGGAUGUGGUAGCGUCAGCCCUAACAAGUAUUAAUUGAAUGCAUUUCAAAGAGAAAAAAGACGCAUGUCUGUUGCCGUGAUUGGUGAGUUCUUGUUUCACCUCUUGUGUAGAGCUAUCUACGGUAUUGUUAAUUGUUGAUUAUGCUUACGAGAAGACAUUGAGACAGUAGUGCAAUAACACCUUGACAUGACUGUUGAAUGGUGUCACCCUAAUAAUAUGAUUAUGAAUGUCCAUAGUUGUGUAUCUUUUUGACAUUCCUUGCCGUCUUUGACAAUGAAAAUGACAAAGAAAAAGAGGGGGGCUUUCACACUGGCAUCCUUUGGUCCCAAUUACAGUAUUCUGGUUCCUUUUCCCCUAUUGGUGCGGUUCGUUCACACAGUCACGACCAAUCAACUGGUCCGGGACAUCAUCUUGGUCUUCCUUUCCAAUGUCUGUGACCAAAGUUCUUUUGUCUUUUUAACGCCUGUCCGUAUCUUUGACGUUCACCUUCGAGCUGCUUAACCACACCAGAGUUUGGCAGAAUCCGAUUACUUUGCCAAGGAGGAAGUAUUUCUCACUACAAGUAAAUAAAUGUGGCAACUUAGGCUGUGGUCACACUUGGGUUUGGGUAGGUUAAGACUUACUGGGAUAUGGUUCAAUUGCUUAUCGUGAUCAUCUGAACCAUGGUGCGCAGGAGAUAAACAGACAGAGACCACUUCUGGUUGUGUUCACUGGUUUGGUUUUGGUUGGGAUCGACUCUGGUCUGACUCCUCUUCAAAUGCAGUUUGUUCGCCUGAAGACUAUCGAUGUAACUUUGGUGCUCACCAAACAAGCUGACUAAAGCGGCUUCGGCGGUGGUCUUGGUGUGUUUUGCAAGUGGGGGCUGGUCCUGUUUGGUUACUUCAUCUUGGUUUGGUUCCGUUAAAGUGAAUUCUGGUGCGAUGGCUCCGUUACCGCCAUUCAUUUUGUCAAGUGUGAACAUCUCGUAUGGUUCGAUUCAUUUCAUCUCACCUUAAAACACAACAGUUCUUGGGAAUGAAUGAACGGUAGUUCGCCUACUCUGCUAGUGUGGGAAUCGCCAUCCUUGGAAACACUUGAAGUGGUGGUUACCGCCCUACUGCUAGAGAACUGGAGUCAUUCCGACACUCCUCCAUUUUCUUUAGUCAAGUUCUGAUCGCUAUUAUUGUAAUUGCCUGAAGAGGUGGUCUCGGUCCCAUUGCAAGUCAACUCUGAUGUGAUUGAGGUCACUAAAUGUCAAGGAUGAAUACUACACUUGUCAUAUUUAGUUUGGUUAGGAGGAAUUCUGAUGUGACUGUUGGCGAAAUUCCUUUGGUUAAGUGUGAAUCGCAUCAAUAGAACCGCUUGAAAAGGUAGUCUCGGUCCCAUUGAAAGUGUACUCCAGUGCGGUUCAUUUCACUUUGUGUCACUUGUGAACAGUUAAAUUGUCAGGAACUUUUAAUUUGGUGUAAUUGCUCUGCUGGUGUGGUCCGUUUGGUUAGGUGGGAACGCGCACUAGACCACUUGAAGAGGGAGUCGGUCCCAUUGCAAGUGAACUCUUGUGUGGUUCAGUUCAGUUUAUCUCAAGUGUGAAAACGACACAGGAAAGGAACGCGCCAACGUUAAAAUGCCAAUGAAAGCAAACGGAAAUGUCAAAGCGUUGGUUUUGAACCGUACACAAACUCGAGUCUGAAUAGAACCAACCAGACUAAUGGGUGCUAGCCCAUUAACAGCAGACUUGAUUCGCCCGGAAAGCAUCCUCUUCUGUUUCGUGUGCUCUGGCGUUUUGUGUCACUUACUGUAUCUCCCUCGUCAUACUGCCAACAACUAACCUGACUGUAUGUAUGAAUAUUUGUUUGUAUGGAUGGAUGUACUAUAUGUACAGAUGGGUGACACAAAAAGGAGAAGAAAAAAAUGAGUCGUGUGUCCAGUAUUUAAUCAUGGAAAUAAUAAGACAUUUAAACCUAGCCGUAAUAAUAUUUGUUAAUGCCACCAUCAUGGUUGCGCGUCAAUUUGACACAAUUUCAUGUUGGUUUUAACUUCCACUCGUCACCCACCUGUAUGUGACAUCUCAGGAGUUUAUUUAUUUUGUAAUAAAUGGAUUGAUUUGAUUUUGUUGGAGGCUCCAUAUUUUUGGCAACCUAGUAACGAAUUUUAUUUCAUUUUUUUGUAGUGACUGUUUAUAUUUGUAAACGCAAACUACCGCUUUGCAUGACCUGGUGACUGAUGACGCUGUCAUUUAUGUACAGAUGAUACACGUUAAUAAAGA